AUGGGCUUUACUCCACGAGGCAGAGGCGGUGGCCGCGGUGGUUUUGGCGAUAGAGGCGGCCGAGGUGGGUUUGGCGACAGAGGUGGACGAGGUGGAGGUAGCUUUGGAGGCCGUGGAGGUGGUGGACGAGGUGGUGGCCGAGGCGGCUUCGGUGACCGAGGUGGACGUGGUGGUGGUGGUCGCGGCGGUCCCCCAAGAGGAGGACGAGGUGCUCCUCGCGGUGCUGGACGCGGUGGCGGGAGAGGCGGCGCAAGAGGUGGUGCCAGGGUCGUUGUUGAGCCCCACCGUCACGAAGGCGUUUUCGUCUCGCGGGGCAAGGAGGACCACUUGCUCACCCGAAGCGUUGCCCCUGGCAUCGAGGUCUACGGCGAGAAGAGGGUUACCAUUGAUAAUACCACCAAGGCCGAGGAUGGUACGCCUAUUACCACCAAGGUCGAGUACAGAAUCUGGAAUCCUUUCCGGAGUAAGUUGGCAGCCGGUAUUAUCGGUGGUAUCGACAACAUCUACAUGAAGCCCGGCUCCAAGGUUUUGUACCUGGGUGCUGCCUCUGGUACUUCGGUUUCUCACGUUUCCGACAUUGUUGGCCCUACCGGAAAUGUCUACGCCGUUGAAUUCUCCCACCGAUCUGGCCGAGACUUGGUAAACAUGGCCCAAAACCGAACUAACGUCAUCCCUAUUGUCGAGGAUGCCCGACACCCCAUGAAGUAUCGCAUGCUCGUACCUAUGGUUGACUGCAUCUUUGCCGAUGUUGCCCAACCCGACCAGGCCCGUAUUGUUGCGCUGAACGCACACAUGUUCCUGAAAGUUGGCGGUGGUGUAGUUAUCUCUAUCAAGGCGAACUGCAUUGACAGCACAGCUGCCCCCGAGGCAGUCUUCGCGCAGGAAGUGCAGAAGCUGAGAGCAGAGCGUAUCAAGCCCCAGGAACAACUGACGCUAGAACCCUAUGAACGAGAUCACUGUAUCGUGAUUGGACAAUACCAAGAGGCGAAGUAG